AUGUUGACCGAUGAACAAUCCGGUCGAAAUCGGCUGCCGCCGAUGUUGACGUCCCCUCCACCACCAAAGCGACACAAGUCCGAAUCGACGUCGGCUAGUGAUGCUGGUCGCGCAUCACGAUACUACCAUGCCGGCUCGGUCCCGUCGAGCGAACGAUACUAUUCAUCUUCCAUUCCCGCGACCGAUCGCUUCCAGCCAUCCUCCAUUCCUCCACAUGACCGCCACCCAUCUGCGUCAAUACCGGCUACGGACCGCUACCAAUGCUCCCCAGUGCCAGCGGGGGAACGGUCGCGCCAGACCUCAACCGCCAUGGACAUCUAUACCAUCACCGAUCGGAACCCAGCUGAUAAAGAUGGCGAUCGGAGAACAGGGCGAUUCCUCAGCAAUGGGUCUGUCGCCUCCCAAAGAUCACAAGCCUCUCGUGCUUCGGGGUCAUCACCGCCUGUCAUUAUCACGAAUCGCAAGUACGUCGUUUUGCCUUCCUUCCCCAGCUCCCAAACAAAUGCGUCUCCAAUUCAAGUAUCUGGACCGCUUUUCACUGCUUCGAUAUACUCCUAG